CUGUCAAAAGCUCGCAGCUGACCGCAGCAGCAGCAAAACGCAUUCCAAAACAAGAACCGACCUCGAUUCAAGCUUUUCCAGCGCUCGGAAGAUACGCACUUUUUUCGAUUCUACGCCGUGGCCGUUCUCGCUGGUUCCCGUUACUUUUGCGGUUAAAUCUUGGUGUCUGUUACCCAAAACAUAGAGGUUAUCUAACUCGAAGGGAAUGCGAAAUCGAAAUGUAAAGCUGGCGGUGUAAUAGCAAAAGCAAUUAAAAGAAUAGCUACAGAACGGAGGAAAAGCAGAAAAGAAGCUGGUCAGGAAGCGACAAGCACAAAAGAAACCUCAAGUUGCAAUAACAAACAACAACAAACAAUCGCCAGCCAAGAAACAAGUCAACCAGCCCGUCGGUUCCGGUCGGACGGAUGUAGCUAAAAAUUGUUUCCUUUGUUUUGUUUUUUGAGCGCCGUAUGUGUCAGGCGCCGAGAUUUUCCACGACGCAACCAACCGGGGCGGGUGCAACACUUCGAACCAUUGUUUUGCUCGGCUGGUAAUCAGUUCCAUUUUGGGAUUUGUUUGUUUGUGUAGUGGAAUUGGUUUCGUGUGUGUGAGUGUUUUUUGUUUCAUUUCGGUUUUGCCGUUGUUUGCGUGCGUGUGUGCGUGCUCGUGUACGCAUCCGUGGUUUGUUAUGCUUUAGUGCGAGCCGUUCGUCUAAAAAGAUAAGCAAUUUCCGCUUGCGGACUUGUGUGUGCGUGUGCCUGAGUGCCUGUGUGCACACCCAGGGCAAGGUUAGGGAAAAGGGCAAAAACCGCACUGCAAUAGCAGCACUUGCCUGCCUACCUACACACAAUUACAACGCAUUACAACGAGCCAACGAGAGAGAGAGAGAGAGUGAGAGAGAGCUAAAGGACAAGAAUACACGUAUUUAGUGUCGGUCGGACAAACAUCAGGGGGUCAAAAUGCCGAUCCUGUUCAGUAUGAUCGCACGCGGCCAAACCGUGCUGGCCAAGUACGCGGACUGUGUCGGCAACUUUACCGAGGUGACGGAACAGAUCAUCCCGAAGAUACAGCUGAACGAUCACAAGCUUACCUACCUGCACGGCAACUAUCUGAUCCAUUACAUCUGCGACAAUCGCAUCAUCUAUCUGUGCAUUACGGAUGAUAAAUUUGAUCGCUCGCGUGCAUUCCUGUACCUGCAGGACAUCAAUGAACGGUUUAUCUGUAUGUAUGGGCUUUCGGUUGCCACCGCUAUUACGUACGCCAUGAACACCGAGUUUGCGCGGACACUGGCAAGCCAGAUGCGGGCAAUGAACGAGGGCCAGCAGCAGGACGAGAUAAGCCGCGUGAACGGGGAGAUCGGUGAGCUGAAGGACAUUAUGGUGAAGAACAUCGAAAACAUCACGAACCGCGGGGAACGAUUGGAGCUGCUCGUUAACCAAACGGAAAACCUUCGCAAUAAUUCAGUGACAUUCCGGCAAACGUCGCGCAAUCUGGCCCGCACCAUGUUCUGGCGCAACAUGCGCAUGUACUUCCUCGUGACCGCCAUACUGCUGUUCGUGAUCUACGUGAUCGUGAGCAUGGCGUGCGGUGGACUAUUGUGGCAGAGCUGCAUCAACUCGUCGGCACCACCGAAACAGCCACCGGCGGGCGGUUUGUAAGUGGGUGAGCAAAAUCCUAGAGUGUGGGAGGCAGGAUGGCGGUGUGGGGGGAGGGAGUGUGGUGUGGAAACGGUCAACACACACGGGUUAGGAGUUAUGCUAGAAACACUUUGUUCCUCGCAACAAAGUAGACGAAAAUCAACACACAUACACAUAAACACGCGUUACAGUAUAGCUUGAAGACAUGUAUUUCUGUUAGUUUUGUUUUUUUUUUGUUUGUUUUAUAUAUAUUGCGAGGAUUGCUUUUUUAAACCUCUCUUGCAUCCAAUCCACCCCUUCCACCCCUCGCCCACCUCCCACUCGGUACACGGUGAUUGGCAAUUGUGAUUGGCAAGAGCUUUCGAAUUAGAAGGGGGAAAAAAUCAAAUUUAACGAGAACAAAACCGUACAACUUCCCCAUUCCAUACGCAAUACGGGGUAGUCGAAAAGCGGAAACACACGUAAGGGUUAUAUUUAGUUUUUCGUGCCUCUUUUUUUUUGUUUAUCUAUUUUUUGUUCUAAUAUUUAAACCCGGACUCGAACGGAUUGCUUACUGUGUGGCUCACUGUCGUGGCAAUUUAAUUUAUAUCGCGAGAAGCGAUAAAGAAUGCAAGAAGAAAACACAAAUCCUAUGCUUUAUUAUUUUCACGUUCCACUGCCUUUUAGUUACAUGUGAUAUAAUGCAUCGAUACACAGAAAAAAAGGCUUAUCGGCACAGGCACAUUUUUGGCGCACACGGUGCGAAAAAAACGAAUAAAACACGGGCGCCACAAGAGCAAGAAAUCGCGGUUUAAAAAAUAAUACGAACGAAUAUUCUUACACCCAUUUCCCUUAUUACAUACGUGUAAAGUGUGUGCGAACAAAUGGGAAUAUACGCUGAACGGGGGUUAACAAUUCCGGUUGACGAGAGCAGAAAGUUCCAUAAGUAUUGAGUGUGCGAACGAAAUCUAGUUUAGAGAAGCGUAUAAGCAAAUUGUUAGCGAAACGUACGUUGAACCUGGUAGUGCGAAGGACUCUUGAUUCUAAUUAUGAUGCUGAUUCUAGUGUUUUUUGUUUUCGUUUUUUUUUGGUUUUAUUUUGUUAAAUCGUGUUUUUUUUUUACAUCUAAUUGUACGGUGCGGAACGUGAAUGAGGAACCCUAUUUUUUUGUUUUGUUUCCCCCCCUCCAUGGAACAGGAAUACAAUACUAAGAAAUGAUCUGAGACUUUUAUGCGGUAAAACGAAACGAAUAUAUAUAUAUAUAUACAUAUACAUAUUAACAAAAUAUAGCAGGCAUCGUGGAUUUAAAAGAUUUUAGCUUGUUCAGUA